AUGCCGGGAGAAUGGGAAAAAGAAAUCGGCAAAUUAAAGACUUCUGGUAAACCUAGUUUACUUCGAGCCAUUUUGCAUGUAAUAUGGAAACGAUAUUUGUGUUGGUUGUUUGUGGCUUUUAUUGAUGAAACAACCAAAGUGAUCCAACCUCUGCUGUUAGGUCGACUAGUAUCAUAUUUUACUCCAAACACUGUGAUAACUACAACUGAAGCAUAUUUGUAUGGUGCUGGUGUUAUUAUGUGUGUUUUCUUAAAUGGUUUGUUAAAUCAUACCUUCUUCUUCAAUGUUUAUCGGAUGGGCAUGAAAAUUCGUAUUGCUUGCUGUUCCCUUAUGUUCAAAAAGGUACUGAAGCUAAGUCAUGUGGCUUUGAAGAAAACAACUUGUGGACAAAUUGUCAACCUGAUGUCUAACGAUGUUAACAGGUUUGACCAGGCUGCACUCUAUGUACAUUACUUCGUCAUUGGACCUCCCCAAACUCUUGUGAUUAUUGGAAUUCUUUGGUACAUGCUUGGUCCUGCUUGUCUUGUAGGCUUUGUCGUUCUGAUUUUUAUUGUUCCACUCCAAGUGUGGAUGGGAAAACUCGUUUCUAAAUUAAGAUGUAAGACAGCCAUCCACACUGAUGAAAGAAUGCGUUUGAUGAAUGAAAUUAUAAGCGGCAUUCGUGUCCUGAAAAUGUAUUGUUGGGAGAAACCAUUUGGGGAUUUGAUUAAAAAAGUUCGAAAACAAGAACUUCAUUCGAUUUGGAUGACCAAAUGUCUGAGUUCAGUUCACCUCUGCAGCUGGGAUGCAUCUUAUUUUCUCAUGUAUGUCUCUUUUGUUGCCGCUGCGUCUCUUGGACAUGCACUUCUGCCCAUACUCGUUUACACAUGUAUCCCUAUGAUAAAACUUGUCAUAUUCAGUAUGUUGUUUUUUUUCUAUAUGGGUAUCCGAAACUUUAGUGAGUCACUGACAAGUUGUAGCAGAAUUCAGGAAUUCCUUCUACUUGAAGAACUUCCGCCCAAAGCUGUAAUUCACCAAACUGGAAACUCUAAGGGUUUGGUUAUCAAAGACAUGUCUGCCAAAUGGGACAAGGAGUUGCCACAGAUGACUUUGAAGAAUAUUUCCUUAAUAUUAAAUCCUGGUGAACUGCUGGCUGUUGUUGGUCCUGUGGGAGCUGGAAAAUCAUCUCUCUUGAUGAGUAUCUUGAAGGAAUUACCUGUGCUCUCUGGUCAAGUGAAUGUCCAUGGGACCAUGUCAUACGUAGCCCAGCAACCUUGGAUCUUCUCAGCUUCACUACGACAAAACAUCUUGUUUGGUCAGAAAUAUGACAAAAUCAAAUAUAAACAAAUAGUCCAAGUUUGUGCUCUCAAAAGGGAUAUUGAACUCUUACCUCACAAAGAACAGCAAUGGUUGGUCUCCCCUUUUACUCAAGUCUUUCCUUCCUGUCUGCUCUCUAUCAAACAUUCUCCCCAUUUUUGUGACCUUCUGUAUGAAAUAAAACCUUCUUCGUUUUGUAACCACCUCUAUCCAAAAAUUCUCACAUGUUCUUUGGCCCCACCACCCAUCAAGAAGUCAUCCUCUCAGAUAUUCUUACUCUACAUCCCCACCAAAAUUCUCGCCUCCUCUUAUGCAAAUUGUUUUUUGACCCAAACCUUUUCCCUAAAGCUCUCUCUUUAUGUGCAGUGCAUUAAUGGUUACCUGAAGGAGAAAUCAAGAAUUCUUGUCACACAUCAAUUACAGUUCUUACCACAAGUGAAUCGUAUCAUCAUUUUAGAUCAGGGAGAAGCAGUUGGAAUUGGAACAUUUGAAGAACUUCUUGAAUCAGGCAUUGACUUUGCCAGCCUCCUAAAAAGACCCAAUAAGGAAGAGGAACAAGAAGCUCCAACAAGGGCAGCAUCAGUGCUUGACAUGGUUGAAAUGUCUCCUUCUGUUACUAAUCUCCAAGACCAAGUUGGUUCUUUGGUAUCCCUCUGUUCAGUUGGAAAUGAAUUCAAGGAAGAAGUUCAUAUCCAGGAAGAGGGACGUAAAAUAGGUCACAUAGGACUUUAUGUUUAUCUUCAGUAUUUUAAAGCUGGAGCUCAUUUCUUGUAUGGAAUCCUUAUGGGAUUGGUAUUCAUCGUAUCAACUCUGUUUUAUAUUGGAACUGACUAUUGGGUUGCCAGAUGGUCCAACCAAGAGCAAAGUCGUUAUGAAGCCCUUCAAAAACAGAAAGCCAUCAUCAGUGAAGGCUACAAUUUUACAAAUACCACAAUCCCAACAACUGAUUUCAGUUACAACACAGCUAUCUACUCAGGACUCACUCUUGGGGUGUUUGCAUUUAGUUUGCUUAAGGCUUUCAUGUUUUAUUGGAAUUCGAUUCAGACUUCACAAACUCUGCAUAAUACUAUGUAUACAAAUAUCAUCCGGGCCAAAAUUGCAUUUUUUGAUGAAAAUCCAGCAGGUCGAAUCUUAAAUCGAUUUUCCAAAGAUAUGGGAUUGAUUGAUGACAUCUUACCUGCGAAUGGAAUGGAUUUUUUACAGUGUUUCUUUCUAACCAUGAGUGUCGUGUUUGUCACAGGAUUUGUUAAUCCUUGGAUAUUCAUCCCUACUUUUUUCAUGGUGUGCUUAUUCAUUUUCCUACGACAAUAUUAUGUACGCACUUCAAGAAGUGUAAAACGAUUGGAAACUGUUGCUCGUAGUCCUGUCUUCUCACAAAUUAAUGCUUCUCUACAAGGAUUAAGCUCCAUCAGAGCCUUCAAUGCUCAGGAAAGGUUCUUGGAGGAAUUUGAUAAUUUUCAAGAUAUCCAUACAGAGGCAUGGUUCCUAUUUAUUGCUAUCACCCGAUGGUUGGCCUUGCGUCUUGAUCUCCUCUGUACAGCAUUUGUUAGCUCUGUCAUAAUGGGCAGCAUACCCUUGUCGUCAGAAUUAGAUGCUGGAAUUGUCGGUUUGUCAGUAACUUAUUCAUUUAUACUGACUGGAAUGUUUCAGUGGUUUAUAAGACAAAGUGUUGAAGUUGAAAAUAACAUUGUUUCUGUUGAACGGGUCCUUGAAUAUGGCAAAUUACCAAAAGAAGCAAGUCUGGAAUCUGAAGACUCCAAGCAACCAAAACAAGUUUGGCCUGAACAUGGAAAUAUUGUUGCCAAGAAUUUGAGCCUAAAAUAUUAUGAGGAUGGGCCUCUUGUUCUCAAAAAUAUUAAUUUUGCCAUUAAAUCUCAGGAAAAGGUUGGCAUUGCUGGCCGUACAGGUGCUGGCAAGAGUUCACUAAUCAUCGCCAUGUUUCGAAUGGUCGAACCCCAAGGGCAACUUAUUAUUGAUAAUAUUGAUUCAAAAUCAAUUGGAUUACAUGACUUACGGAGUAAACUAUCAAUCAUUCCUCAGGAUCCAGUUUUAUUUAAAGGAACUCUUCGAAAGAAUUUGGAUCCAUUCAAAGAGUACCAGGAUGAAGAUUUAUGGAGAGCCCUUGAAGAGGUCCAAAUGAAAGAUGUCAUCUCAGAAUUGCCCAAAGGCCUGGAGAGUCAAGUCAACGAAGGUGGGGAUAACUACAGUGUUGGUCAGCGGCAGCUGAUCUGUCUGGGAAGAGCAAUUCUUCGACAGAACAAAAUCCUUAUCAUUGAUGAAGCGACUGCAAAUGUUGAUGUUGGAACUGAUGCAUUAAUUCAGAAAACCAUUCGAGAAAAGUUUAAACAUUGCACUGUCCUGACCAUUGCACAUCGUCUUGUUACGAUCAUGGACUCUGAUCGUGUUCUGGUACUGGAUAAUGGUGAGAUUAUGGAAUUUGACAGUCCACACAAUUUGCUCCAAGACACUAAGGGCUACUUCUACAAAAUGGUACAUCAAGGCGAUUCUUCUGAGAUUGAAUACUUAACAUCAAUUGCCUGGCAAGCAGCACAAAGACAAAAAGAAUUCUCAUCAAACAAGACUCAUGAACCUGUAACGCAUUUGCUCCAACAAUCAGACAAAGACCUUACUACAAGUGUAGCAUCACUCACAAUUUAG